AUGCUGCCUUCGAGAAAUGGUAGCGUAACCAGCGAAAGCCCUUCACAGGCGUCUAAUAAGCGCCGACACGAGCUUGCUGACAGUCAAUCGGACGACGACACGAGAAAACGAAGAAGUACAAGAGUCAAGGAGGUGCCCAACUACUCGCUUUCACGGCCGCGAAAUUCGCGAUCAACGCCUCCGACGAACGGAUCAGCAAACAAGGUUGCCUCUUGUUUGAAAUUGGGAGCUCCCAAGUUCGAAUUAAGUCCUAUUGACACCACUGUUUCUGUUGAAGAACAAAGGCAAAUGGCAAAAAUUAACAUGGCAAAGCUCGUAAUGCAUAACAACUCAUUGGUCGAGGAGCUUUAUCAUCUAGAAAACUUCACGUCACUCGUGUAUUUUAAGCCCGGCGAUCCCAAACAACCAGACUCUUACGAACAGUAUCAAAAAGGCUACCAAUUAUGGCCACAAAUUGACGAUUCCAAACUGGGUAGACGUAGUCGGAGACUUACGGAGAAUAGUGAUCCUUUGAAAAUAGAGAUCGAUCAAAUCAUUGAGAAGCUUCAAAACGAACCAGCAGAGCCGGUUGUUGAGAAGAAAGCCACACUUAAAAAGCCCAAGGAAAGACCUAUAAAGACCGAGGUUGAAGAAGAAAUCAAGGACAUAGAGGUCGAGAGCGACGACUCGGAGGUUUCCAUACCACCGCUAACACCAACACAUAUCAAGAAACUGAAAUUCAAGGUCGAUGUGAAGCCCCAGCUGGUUACUCAUCCGUCCCAUGUUACAUCUCCAAAGUUCAAAAAUUUAAACGAGUUUUUCAAUUCAUACAGAUCAACUAUCGAGGAACCAGGACGCGAUUUGUCCAACGAAGAGUAUUUGGAGUAUCUGCAAUCACAGUCUGAUUUAAUAGACAGAAUCAAACAGGGACUUGAUUCCAAACUCUUGACGUUGGAUUUCAACGAGAACAUUUUCCGUGCUGUUCCUCAAGGUUUUAGAGAACCAACAAUGAUCAAGAAAAAUGCACAAUAUAAUAUGAACCAUUACAAACCUCCACCCGAGCCGUUUAGAUCGAGAAACGAGCUCACUCAUUAUGAUCAUUUGUUGGCUCAAGGGAUACGAUCUUCGAAGCUGAUUCACGAUUUGCGUACUUCUCGAAUUUCCAAGAGUCGGAAGAUUGCCGCAAUGAUCGAGUCUCACUUCAAGAAACUCUCACAAGAACAGGAAAGAAAAGAGCGCGAGUUCGAAAAGAAGAUCGCCAAGCUCGCCAGAGACACCGCAAAAGAGGUCAAGAAGAAGUGGCUGGUGGCUGUUAAAGCAUACAAGAUUCUGGAAGAGCGGGAGAAGGAGCGCGAGCGUGCUGUCAAGAGCAAAGAGCAACUUUCCAAGAUCCUCGACCAGAGUACGAAGAUGCUGGGCGCUCAAGUUGGAAAACGGAGCGCUACUCCAACUUCACGCCAAGGUAGUACUGUUGAAGGAGAUUUCGAGGAAGAGAGCGGUAGUUCUGGUUCCGACGACGACGAGAAUAUGAGCUCCAGCGAGAGCGAAGAUAGUGAAGCAGAAGAGGCUCGUAAUGUGAAAGACGAUAGCAAGCUGACUGUGGAAGAACUUCGUGAGAAGUACAAGAAUAUCGAUUCUGCUCCGAAAGACUCUGACGAUGAGUCUGAGGACGACGAACCAGAUACACUGGCUUCUUUGUAUGGAGUGGAGACCAAUGGUGAGCACAAUAAGGUCAGCGUGGUUGACCAGUUGACCGAGGAACAAAGACAGAAACUGAUUGAGGAAUCUAACGAUCCUAUUCUCGAGGAUAGUAAUGAUAGUGCAGACGAAUCGCUGACGGACUCUGAAUCAGAAUCGGAGUCAUCAGAAGAGGAAGCUUUGUCUGACGACUCUCGUCCUGGCCUUGCUUCGUUGUUCAAUAACAAGAUCAAAGACGAGCCAGGAGAAGCACUUACUCCUCCAUCUUCAGACGAGAUGGACGACGCAGAAGACAAUGCCGCCAUUCCUGAUGUUCCUGUUCCUAUUCUUCUGCGUGGAACGUUGAGAGAGUACCAGAAACAAGGUUUGAACUGGCUUGCUUCGUUGUACAACAGUGGAACCAACGGAAUUCUCGCGGAUGAGAUGGGUCUGGGAAAAACAAUCCAGACCAUCUCUCUGAUUUCGUAUCUGGCAUGCGAAAAGAACAUUUGGGGACCGCAUCUGAUUGUUGUUCCAACUUCUGUGAUGUUGAACUGGGAGAUGGAGUUCAAACGGUUUGCUCCAGGAUUCAAAGUUCUCACCUAUUAUGGUAAUCCCCAACAGAGAAAGGAAAAGAGAAAAGGUUGGAACACUCCAGACACGUUCCAUGUCUGUAUCACGUCGUACCAGCUUGUUGUGCAAGAUCACUCGGUUUUCAGAAGAAAGAAGUGGCGGUACAUGAUUCUGGAUGAGGCACACAACAUCAAGAAUUUCCGGUCGCAAAGAUGGAAAGCGUUGUUGAACUUCAACACCGAACACCGUCUUCUUCUGACUGGUACGCCGUUACAGAACAAUAUCAUGGAAUUGUGGUCGCUGCUGUACUUCUUGAUGCCAUCUUCCAAGGCCGACCAGAUGAUGCCUGAUGGGUUUGCCAACCUGAUGGAUUUCCAACAGUGGUUUGGACGUCCUGUUGACAAGAUCAUCCAGGGAGGCGGAUACGGCUCGAUGCAGGAAGAUGACGAAACAAAAGAGACAGUGAACAAGCUGCACCAGGUUCUCAGACCGUACUUGCUCAGAAGACUGAAGCAGGACGUUGAGAAACAGAUGCCAGCCAAACACGAACAUAUUAUUUAUUGCCGUCUUUCCAAGAGACAGAGACUGUUGUACGAUGAUUUCAUGAGCAGAGCGCAGACUAGAGAGACACUUGCCAGCGGAAACUUCUUAAGUAUCAUCAAUUGUUUGAUGCAGUUGAGAAAAGUUUGCAACCAUCCAGAUUUGUUCGAGGUGAGACCGAUCUUGACGAGUUUGGCAAUGGAGAAGAACGUUGCUUCCAGUUUCGAGCUGAGCGACUUGGUUGUUCGCGGCCAUCUUAGGAGAUCGCAGAAACCGUCGGUUGACCUUGGUUUCUUGAACCUGACUCCAACGCGGGAUUCUAGCUGGAAUUCGUUCAACGCGGACAGUUUAAGAGAAGUUUCAGCUUCCAAAUUGUUUAAGGAGCAGAUCCAGCAACUGGAGGCUGAUUUGAAGCCUGUUGAGCCCAAGUUUGACAACCUCACCAACCAUUACGAGUAUCUGAUUUACAAGGAGCAGGAAUCGUUGGUGGAUCUCUUCAAACAACGUCUUUAUGUGAACGAGUUUAAUUGCGAGAAGAACCCGAUUUACUCGUCGAACCUGUUGGAUUUGGUGAAAUUUGAACGGUUCAGCAAGGAAAACUUCAACCAGCUGGAAGAACUCAAGAUCGUGCAGUCUGUUUCCACGAGGGCCCAAUCGCUGACUGACACUGUCGAAAAGUAUGCCUUUGUCACUCCCAAGGUGGUUACCCAGAACACAAUUGACUUGGAGAUUCCUGACCAGGUGCAAGCCGAGAUACGGCAGCAGCAGCUGGACAAUCCGUUCCACCAGGCGCAGAUUAAGUUGUCGGUGACGUUCCCGGACAAAUCGCUUUUGCAGUACGACUGUGGUAAACUGCAGAAACUGUCGAGUUUGCUGCUGGAUCUGAUCCCAAAGGGACACCGGGUGUUGAUUUUCACGCAGAUGACCAAGGUGUUGGACAUCCUGGAGAAGUUCAUGAACUACAACGGGUACAAGUACAUGCGACUGGACGGAGCCACCAAGAUCGAGGAUCGUCAACUGUUGACGGAGCGGUUCAACAAGGACCCGAAGAUCAAGUGUUUUAUUCUGAGUACGAGAUCUGGAGGACUGGGAAUUAACCUGACGGGAGCAGACACGGUCAUUUUCUACGACUCGGACUGGAACCCGGCCAUGGACAAACAGUGUCAGGACCGGUGUCAUAGAAUCGGUCAAACCAGAGACGUGCACAUCUACCGGUUUGUUUCCGAGUACACGAUUGAGUCGAACAUUUUGAAGAAGGCCAACCAGAAACGGCAGCUAGACAACGUGGUGAUCCAGGAGGGAGAUUUCACGACCGACUAUUUCAGCAAGAUCACGGUCAAGGAUCUGUUUGGCGAGGAAGGAGAAGACGCUGCUGCUGACGACAAGCUGUUGGUGGCCAACCAGGGCAAGUCUGAGAACGAGUUUGCCAAAGUUUUGGAACAGGCAGAAGAUGUCGAGGAUGCACAGGCGGCAGAGGUGGCCAUGAAGGAGGUGAACCUGGACAACAACGACUUCAACGACGACCAGAACGGGCCAGCCAGCACAAAGAGCCCUAGUGUGGCUCAAACACGCAACAAUUCGGUGGAGCCGGACGAUUUUGUGAAACGCAUGGAGGCCAAGAAAGACGACGACGAAGAGGACGAAGAAGAAGAGGACGGCAUAGGACACGUCGACGAGUACAUGAUCAGAUUUAUUGCUGGAGGCUUCUAUUUCGACUGA